AGCGACCGUCGAAUCUAAUCCAGUCCAAAUAAUAAUUCUUGUCGAGACCCAGCCAACGAUGUCCAUGGCGGCGACCCGGAUGCUGGCGCGCCGCGCCGCCCCCGGCCUCCUCCGUUCCGCCGCCAGCCCCGGCCUCGCGCUGCCGGCGGUGCUGCAGGCGCAAGGACGGUGGUACCGCGCAGCAGGAGGGGACCCGUCGCCGUCGUUCUACGAGCCGCCGCCGACCCCGGCGAACCUGGGCCUGAGCAUCGUCCCGGAGAAGAAGGCGUUUGUGGUGGAGCGCUUCGGCAAGUACCUCAAGACCCUGUCGUCGGGGAUCCACCUCCUGAUGCCCGGCGUGGACCGCAUCGCCUAUGUGCACUCGCUCAAGGAGGAGGCCAUCCCCAUCCCGGACAACUCGGCAAUCACAAAGGACAACGUCUCGAUACAGAUCGGAGGGGUGCUAUACGUCAAGAUCGUCGACCCCUACAUGGCCUCUUACGGCGUGGAGAACCCCGUCUAUGCUGUCAUCCAACUUGCGCAGACAACCAUGAGGAGUGAACUUGGCAAGAUUACCCUCGACAAGACCUUUGAGGAGAGGGACACGCUCAACACCAACAUUGUGAAGUCAAUCAAUGAGGCAGCAGAAACUUGGGGUUUGAAGUGUCUUCGCUAUGAAAUCAGGGACAUCACUCCUCCAGAUGGAGUCAAGAAGGCCAUGGAGAUGCAGGCCGCAGCAGAGCGCAAGAAACGUGCUCAGAUCCUCGAGUCUGAAGGUGCUAUGAUGGAAAAUGCAAACAAAGCAAAGGGUGAAGCUGAAGCGAUUCUUGCCAGGUCGCAAGCCACUGCUGAAGGGAUCAGGAUGGUCUCAGAGUCGUUUAAAACUGAAGGCAGCACGGAGGCUGCCAGCUUGAGGAUUGCUGAACAGUACAUCAGAGCAUUCAGUGAACUGGCUAGAAGUACGAACACGAUGCUUCUUCCCAGCGACGCAGGCAACCCGGGGACAAUGAUUGCCCAGGCGCUCCAGAUAUACAACCACACGUACAAGCAGAAACUGACGCUGGGAAGCCCC